CUCUCUCCCACCCCAGAUCUGGAUCUGCCUAGAGCUGGCUGUUGGGGUGAAAACCGGCCAGCAUGGGGAUUAAAGCGGCUUUGCCGAGUUACGAGCUGGGGUUUUACGCUCUGGUCCUGACCUGUGCCAUCGUGUACAGCAGCAGUGACAUCUUCGAAGCAUCCAGAGAUAACAUGAACAGAAAGGCCUUUCGGGAGGCCAUAAAGCCGGGAUGGCAUUACUUUGGCAGGAAAAUGGACGCAGCUGACUUCGAAUGGGCCAUGUGGUUCUCCUCUUUCAGGAACUUCAUCCUCUUUGCCCUUUCAGGGCACGUCCUGUUUGCCAAGGUCUGCUCCAUGAUAGUCCCACAGCACAGGUCUGUGGUCUACAUGCUGUACGGGAUGCUGGCUGUGCUGAGCACCAUGGGCACUUCCUACCUGAUGAUCAUCCUCACCCACUGCCUGGUGCUUUACAGUGUCUCGCUGGCUAAGCAGAAGUGGCUGUGCUUCGCGGCUGGGCUCUGCAGCCUGGCCUCCUUCAAGCUGGAGCCUUUCAGCACGUGGCAGAAUGGGUUUGUAACGGGAACUUUUGAUCUUCAAGAUGUUCUGUUUUAUGGAGGAAGUGGCUUCACCAUUAUGCGCUGCAUGAGCCUGGCGCUGGAGAACUGCGAGAGGCAGGAGGGGAUCUACUCCAUCGUCGACUUGCUGAAGUACAACUUCUACCUCCCCUUCUUCUUCUUUGGCCCAGUUAUGACCUUUGACCAAUUCCACGCUCAGGUGGCCACUUCUGAGCUGAGACGCAAAGAAAAUGAGAUGUGGAGCAUCCGCGUGCAGGCCCUCGUCCACCUGGGGGUGAUCGCGGCCGUGGCUGUGUUCUUCCACUUCUUCUACAUCCUCACCCUUCCCUCGGACCUGAAGUUUGUCAACCGCCUCUCGGACUGGGCGCUAGCUGGCCUGGCCUACUCCAACCUGGUGUACGACUGGGUGAAGGCUGCGGUGAUGUUUGGCGUGAUCAACACCGUUUCCAGGUUGGACCACCUGGACCCACCGAAGCCUCCGAAAUGCAUCACCAUGCUCUACGUCUUUGCAGAAACGCACUUUGACAGAGGGAUCAACGACUGGCUGUGCAAGUACGUGUACGACCACAUUGGAGAAGACCACAACAACAUUGUGAAGGAGCUGCUGGCCACCAUCUCCACCUUCGCCGUCACCACCCUUUGGCUGGGCCCCUGCGAGAUCGUUUACAUCUGGUCCGUCUGCAAUUGCUUCGGCCUCAAUUUUGAGCUGUGGGUGCAGAAGUUUUUCCAGAUGGCGCCUUUUGCCAGCGUGGAGGCCAGCAUGUCAGAAGCCAUGUCUCGGCGGAUUCGAGGGAUCUUCGGGGCUGCCAACUUCUGGGCCAUCAUCCUCUACAACGUCCUGGCUCUAAACAGCCUGGACUUUGCGCUGAUCGUCGCUAAGAGAAUCAUCCUGAUGGGUUUCCCCAUGAGCACCGUGUCCAUCUGGUUCAUCACCUACUGCGGAGUGCAGCUGAUAAAGGAGAGAGAGCGCCUCCAGGCUAUAGAAGAGGAGAAAGCGGAUAAGGAGAAGACAGAGUAGAGACAAGAGAAGGGUCUGCCCAGUAACAUGAGCAUCUCUUUCUCCUGGCCACCCAGACUGAGAUGCCUGGGCUCCCCAGCUUUAUUUGCAAUCACACUACGGAUCUCAUCCAUGUACAAAUCGCUGUAAUGAAAAAA